AUGCCUCCCUUCCUGAUGCAGAUGCCUCCUGCACUGACUUGGACACCUCCCAUCCUGAUGCAGAUGCCUCCUUCACUGACUUGGACGCCUCCCAUCCUGAUGCAGAUGCCUCCUGCACUGAGUUGGACACAUCCCAUCCUGAUGCCGAUGCCUCCUGCACUGAGUUGGACGCCUCCCAUACUGAUGCAGAUGCCUGCUGCACUGACUUGGACACCUCCCAUCCCGAUGCAGAUGCCUCCUGCACUGAGUUGGACGCCUCCCAUCCUGAUGCAGAUGCCUCCUGCACUGAGUUGGACACCUCCCAUCCUGAUACGGAUGCCUCCUGCACUGACUUGGACGCCUCCCAUCCUGAUGCAGAUGCCUCCUUCACUGACUUGGACGCCUCCCAUCCUAAUGCAGAUGCCUCCUUCACUGACUUGGACGCCUCCCAUCCUAAUGCAGAUGCCUCCUGCACCAGCUUGGGUGCCUCCCACCUUCACGCAGAUGCCUUCUGUACUGACUUGGACACCUCCCAUACUGAUGCAGAUGCCUGCUGCACUGACUUGGACACCUCCCAUUCUGAUGCAGAUGCCUCCUGCACUGAGUUGGACGCCUCUCAUCCUGACGCAGAUGCUUCCUGCACUGAGUUGGACACCUCCCAUCCUGAUGCAGAUGCCUCCUGCACUGACUUGGACGCCUCCCAUCCUGAUGCAGAUGCCUCAAUCACUGACUUGGACGCCUCCCAUCCUGAUGCAGAUGCCUCCUUCACUUACUUGGAUGCCUCCCAUCCUGAUGCAGAUGCCUCCUGCACUGACUUGGACACCUCCCAUCCUGAUGCAGAUGCCUCCUUCACUGACUUGGACGUCUCCCAUCCUGAUGCAGAUGCCUCCUGCACUGAGUUGGACGCCUCCCAUCUUGAUGCAGAUGCCUCCUGCACUGAUUUGGACGCCUCCCACACUGAUGCAGAUGCCUGCUGCACUGACUUGGACAUCUCCCAUCCUGAUGCAGAUGCCUCCUGCACUGAUUUGGACGCCUCCCAUCCUGAUGCAGAUGCCUCCUGCACUGAGUUGGACACCUCCCAUCCUGAUGCAGAUGGCUCCUGCACUGACUUGGACGCCUCCCAUCCUGAUGCAGAUGCCUCCUUCACUGACUUGGACGCCUCCCAUCCUGAUGCAGAUGCCUCCUACACUGAGUUGGACGCCUCCCAUCCUGAUGCAGAUGCCUCCUGCACUGAGUUGGACACCUCCCAUCCUGAUGCAGAUGCCUCCUUCACUGACUUGGACGCCUCCCAUCCUGAUGCAGAUGCCUCCUGCACUGAGUUGGACACCUCCCAUCCUGAUGCAGAUGCCUCCUGCACUGAUUUGGACGCCUCCCAUACUGAUGCAGAUGCCUCCUGCACUGAGUUGGACGCCUCCCAUCCUGAUGCAGAUGCCUCCUGCACUGAGUUGGACACCUCCCAUCCUGAUGCAAAUGCCUCCUGCACUGACUUGGACGCCUCCCAUCCUCAUGCAGAUGCCUCCGUCACUGACUUGGACGCCUCCCAUCCUGAUGCAGAUGCCUCCUUCACUGACUUGGACGCCUCCCAUCCUGAUGCAGAUGCCUCCUGCACCAGCUUGGGUGCCUCCCACCUUGACGCAGAUGCCUUCUGUACUGACUUGGACACCUCCCAUACUGAUGCAGAUGCCUGCUGCACUGACUUGGACACCUCCCAUUCUGAUGCAGAUGCCUCCUGCACUGAGUUGGACGCCUCCCAUCCUGAUGCAGAUACCUCAUGCACUGAGUUGGACACCUCCCAUCCUGAUGCAGAUGCCUCCUGCACUGACUUGGCCGCCUCCCAUCCUGAUGCAGAUGCCUCCUUCACUGACUUGGACGCCUCGCAUCCUGAUGCAGAUGCCUCCUUAA